AUGGCGUCGGAUGUGGACGUGGCAGGGGAGCAGAGGGCGAUUCUAGAUGUGGCCCCAGCUCCCCCUGUUUCCAACGUGAUUCCCCAUGAGCUGAGUCCGUCGGGACGAGGGCCAGUGGAAGGGGGAAGGCGCGACUCCUGGGGAACAAACCUCAUGUACAUCACAGGAAUAUCACACUCUCAGAAUUUGGAAAGAAUGGAAAAUUUACGCGAAACGAAAAGGCCAUUAGAUGUUGAAACUACCCAGGUUGUGAAUGUGCCAAAGCCUGUUUUCCAUUGUGUAAAUGGGAAAAGAUCUAGUAACCAGAGAGUCCAACAAGAGACAAUAAGUCCUCAACAUGCUGAACUCAUCAACUUCAUUUAUGAAUCUUGGGAUAAAGUUUACAAGGAAUUCGAGCAAGAACCUUCAGAAAAUAACCACAAUUCCCAGCAAUGUAUCGUAUACCACAAUGAUGGUGAACCCAGUCCAGUGUUACAAGAUUUCAAGCCAUUUGAUUUGGAGUCCUGGUGGGGCAAACGUUUAUUCAAUAAUAUUACAAAGUCUAUAUAAAAUUAAAUUUUAAAUGAACUUUAUCAGGAGAGUAUUUUAUUGUAAAGGCAGUUCAUGCUAACUGGUUAGCAAAACUGGUUCAGCCCUGUGCAGCAUUUGCCAACUUGAAAUAUAAAGUGAAGUAAAGAUUUGACCAUUACCCUUGUAUCUGGCAUCUUGUGACUGAUUAUCUGCUAUAUUUACUGAAGCAGUAUGCUGAUGAGUGUGUGUGCAAAUUGUGUUAUUGCAAGUGGAAAUUGUGAGUUAUUUCAAAUGUUACAACUUUUUCCACAGCAAUUGCUGACUUUCAAUUAUUUUGAAAGCUAGCCAUCCUUUAUUCAUAUAAAAUUGUCAUAUUCAUAUAUUUCCUAUGAUUUUUAAAAUGUGCAUAGAUUCUGGGACAUUCUAAAAGUGUAUAGAAUAAAACUUUAUUACUUAUAGAUUUUAAAAUUUUGAAUCUCUGGUGUAAUAAUAAUAACCAAGUAGCAUUUGAUGUUUUUACAACCUUUGUUAUUAAUAGAUGUACAAUUUCUUAAAUUAAUAGUGCAAUGUGCAGGAUAUAUUCAUAAUAUGAAAGAUAAUAUUUUUGCAUAAUUCUGUUCUAAAUGAAUUGUCUCGAUUGAGUGAGAGCCAGAUCAAGAUGUCUUGGUAUUUCAUGAUUGUUGGUGUAUACCAACAGUUUUCUGCAAGUGGCUGCUGGUGUAGUGUGAUAGUAAACAUGUAUAGCAAUGCUGUGUAGCAAUAUAGAGAAAUUGAAGGUAUGAAUUGAUGGCAGCUGGUCAGAGGUUCAUGUUUCAUUGUAGGACCAAGUGUGGAUUGAAGAUUACAUAUGAAAAAUCAGCUACAUGUUAAACAUCACAUAAAAGGGCACAAGUAAUAAAUUAUGCCAAAAACAGAAAUGCAGUUGAAUCUUUAAGUUAGCAGAGGCCAGUGCCUUAAAGCAAAUGAUGUUAUUCAGGUUGUGAAUAUUUGAAAUGUGCAAGUAAUUUUGAGUGUUAACAAACAAAACAUUGAAAAUAUGCAAUACCUAAUAUUUAGGAUUGAUAAUUAGGUAAAUGAAUAUAAGAAUGUGUAUGUAAAUCUAUUUACAUAAUAGAACUCACUUUACAUACAAUAGUGUAUGGCUUCUAGACUCGCUGCAUUUUCUGAGGCACUUUCAAUGCAAUAAUUCAUGUCAUUAUCUUCUAAGUCAACAUAGGAAAGUCAUGUAAUUACAUUUGUUGAAUUAUAAUGUUACUUAUUGUUAAUUAUGUUUAUGUUUGUAAUUCAGCAUAUAUUUCUUGUUAAAUCCAUUGUUCUGUUGUUGCAGUUUAACAAUGUAUGCAUUGUUCAAUGGUGGUGAAAAUAAUAAUUCCUGAGAUUUAUAUUGCAUACAUGUAGACUGUAUGUGGUGAUGGUUGACAUGAAGUUAUUAGAAAACAAUUAUGUUUUUAUUCAUUUCUUUUAUUUUUUUUAUCCUAGUUCUUGAGAAUAAUGAAUAUCAUUCUUACUCAGUUCCUCAAUUAAAAAAUAAGUAUAUGAUGCAUUUUUAAUUUUAAUGUAUUAUAUAUUUUUACAGUUUUCACAGAAUUUUGAAAUACACUAGCAGAACCUAUGUGAAAAGUUUGCUAACUCAAACUCUUUAAGUGUUUUGGCAGACAGCAACAUGUUACUUCACUUGGGGAUCAAUUCAUUGACUCACAAAUUAUUUCACAAAUCAUUCCACCUUGUAAAGUAUUUGGUCAGGCUGGCAUAUUAUAUAGAGAACAUAGGUUUUUGCAGUCAGCUUGCCAAAAAUUUAGCUGCCAGGUAGUUCGACAGUCUAUAUGCCACAUUCUUAAAAAAUGUUCUUUAUUUUUUUUAAUUAUAAAAGUUAUAAAGAAAUUGACCAUCAUGAAAAGAAAUUUAGUAUAUUAUAUAUAUGCAUCAGGUAAAGUACCCCUAAAUGAAAAGAUCCGUAUCAAAUUCGAGGAGCUGUGGCAACACAUCGAUCAAUUGGUGAAUAUUCAUUUUGCUGGAAAACCUGUGUUUGGUUUAGGCACUAGGAAAGAUUAAUACUGCCCUACCUGAGACCUAGAUGGUGUGUAAUAUGCAGAGAAGUCUUCUAAGGCAGAUCCUGAGGGGUCGGGUGCAGAAACCUCAAGACAACAAUGCUUUGUAAAUUUUUUUAUGCAAUGUAUUCAAAAUAUUUAUCAUAUAUAGAUAUCUUGUCCAUAACAGUAUUCCCAUUAUAUUUCCGUUAUUAAU